AACUUUUAUUUGGCUCCCUGUUUGUCGUGUGUUGGAGGGAAAGGGUUAAAUCACGUGUGUAGCGCAGUUGAGCUCUGUAGCUCACAAGUAUUGUCAUCUGAAGAGGACAAAGACAUCUCUGCCGUCAUUCAUUCCCUCAGCUCGUCUGAGCUCUCUCUGAUACUGCCAGUGUUUCUGCUGCGGGACAACACGAUGCACACUCUCCUGUUCUGCGGCAGCAUCUUCACUCUGCACCUUUUCCUCUGCGCCAAAUCUGUGCCGGUCCAGGAGCGGAGCAGCAGGCACAAGCCGCUGCAGGUGAGGCCGCAGAGCAACAGUCACGUUGGUCUGAAGAAGAGGGGAAGACACCAGCAGGACACGCUAAACAAAGAGAACCAAUUGAAGACUGUACUGGCAUCCAAAAAUGACACGGAGUUCUGGAAGCGUCGUCGCUGUGGAGUCCCAGACUAUCCCAGCCUAACGCAGGUCGGCCCCUCAUACUAUAAUCGGAAGAAGAAGGCAGCCCUGAAGAGAGAGCAGCGCAGGAAGCGAUAUGCUCUGUUCGGAGGCCGCUGGGAGAAGAAUGACCUCACCUACAAAGCGUUUCCCUGGCAGAUGAGUGAGGGCAGGGUGCGGCAGGUUCUCCAGGAGGCGUUUGGUGUGUGGACCGCCGUCACUCCUCUGACCCUCAGAGAGGUCACCUCUGGAGAGGCCGACAUCCUCAUAGACUUCAACAGGUACUGGCACGGGGACAGCCUUCCGUUUGAUGGUCCUGGAGGAAUCCUCGCCCAUGCCUUUUUCCCUCGGACACAGAGAGAGGGCGAAGUCCACUUUGACUACGAUGAGCAUUGGACAGUGGGCAACAAUGUGGGCACAGAUCUGCUCCAGGUGGCCACUCAUGAGUUUGGUCAUGUUCUGGGCCUGCAGCACUCCUUGGAGCCGGACGCUGUGAUGUGUCCUUUCUACAGCGACUCCUACCCUCUGCAGCUCAGCGAGGACGACAAGAGGGGCAUCCAGUAUCUGUACGGCCCACCCCGACACAGACAACCCGACAUGACUGAGACCAAUGAGAUUGACGUUGGAAUGAUGGAUGCAUGCAGGACAAACUUUGAUGCCGUGUCCAUGAUCCGGGGUGAGCUGUUCUUCUUCAGGUCUGCGUAUGUUUGGCGUAUCCGGGAUGGGCAGCUGCAGGCAGGGUAUCCAGCCCUGGCUUCACGCCACUGGAGAGGCAUCCCUGACCACAUCGACGCUGCAUAUGAAGACACGUCUGGAAACAUCUGGUUCUUCCAAGGAGACAGCUACUGGGUGUUUGAUGCUGAGAGGAAGAUAACAGGACCGGACUCAGUGCGCCAGCUGGGUCUUCCUGUCUCAGACAUCCAAGCAGCUCUGAAGUGGGAGGAGGACCACGUGGAGAAAGUCUACUUCUUCAAGUCUGCUUCUUUCUGGCCCUUCAAUCCUCAGGAGAAUCGAGUAGAUGAUGUCCGUCCUGGCAGCAUGCAAGCGUGGGGAGGAAUCCCCGGGAAUAUUGAUGCAGCCUUUCGGGACAAAUAUGGCUAUGCUAACUUCCUGAGUGGACAGCACUACUGGAAGUUUGACCCCGUGGCGCUGAAGGUGCUGGAAGGCUUCCCACGCAGCAUCGGCAUGGACUUCUUUGGCUGUUCUGCCUUUUUAUAUAAAUAAGUUCAUACAGAUACAACUUGUAAACUUGUGAAGAGCAGUGGCUGUUUUUACAGCUGCAUCCACAAACACAAUGUUCUGAAUACUUCGGAAAUAUAUGCAAGGCCAUUAUAUUUCAUUAAGAUGACUCCUAUAAAUACGUCAUCUGUCUUAAAUGUCACUACCCACACUGAAAAAAAUGAAACUUUGACUCAACAGAUUUCACAUAAUGGUAUUAGGUUAGCUGAAAGCAACAAUAUAAGGUUUUAAUAAAACAUAUUAAGUUUAACUCAAUAUUAUUGCUUUCAACUGACCUGAUACAGUUAUGUGAAAUUUGUUGAUAUAAUACAUUUAAUUAAAGUCAACGUUUCAGAUUUGUCAGUGCACUGUGACCAGAUCAUUUUUGUUUGUAUUUGUAUUGUAAAGUACAUGAAUAAUCUUCUGCUACAUGUGCAGUAACUGGCGGUAAGCGUCUGCUUCUUUUGUCAAUUUGAGAUGAUGAGAAGCUAGAUAAAGCUUCCCCCUCAGACUAAAGUCUUUAAACCACUCGGGGGUGUAGGGUGUGUAUUUAGUGGAAGCAGGAUUUCUAGCCCGGAACCAGUUCUCUAUAAUGUCUGGAGUUAUACAUCACAAAUACAGCAGCACCUUGCUAACUAGUGGAGUUGAGACAUGUAUUGAGGGUUACUUUUCUCCAAGGAUCCAGGCCAUGGACAUGUCUAACCGCGUCACAAUGCUAACAUGUUUAUAUUUGCUCUGAAUGACCCGUCUGAAGGUGGGCCGAACAGCCCACAUCCUGGCUGCUGUAGGUUAGAACUCUGAGAGUGAGAUCACUUUAAUUCUCAGAGUUGUUCCUCUCUACUGGAAAGAUUUACAUUACUCUAACAUUAGUUUUGUCAGCACAGCACCAUCAACGGUGAGACAUAUCUGAAAUGACCAGGGACUGUGGAUCAAAUCACAUGCCACCACCAAGGAAACAGAACAGCCUUUAAUCAUAGUCUGCAUUCUUAUUGUGUGUGAGCUGCACACAUAUCAAAAUCCUGCAAACUUCUUCAACUUAUAGUUCUUCUUCCCCCUAAAAGUCUUGACCGCUACUAUUUCCAGGGCAUUGCUACGACACAAACAAAACACAUGUUAAAACAAAAUGUGUGGAAUGAUCGGGAAUUGGUGUGCUAUGACUUUGUUUUCAAGAAAAUAGCAAAUUUUUGAAAGGGAAAUCGAUGUUAAUACAGAUGGAAAUUACCCAAUGUACUCAACAUAUUUUAUUGGAGAAAAAAAGAAAAAUGUAAACAGCCCCCGACUGUUUUCAUAGAUGGAUAUGAAUGUUAAUGUGAAAAACCAAAAAUGGCAAUCCAGUGUUUGGCAGUAAUUACCUCAGGUCAGCACUCUAAAGAGGGCCACAUACUCCUGUCCAAAACGUUGAGGAGAUAUGCAAACAACCAGGGGAUGUGAUCACCCUGCACAGUUUGAAGUAGAUUUGUUUCCACCUAGAAAAUAGUGUACCUCAUGAAACAUUGUUCCAUCCCCACAGCAUGAGCAGAUGUAGAUGAAAGUCUUUUUAUGACCAACACAGAGCUCCCAAAGCCAAUGAAAGUGGAGAUGUAUUUGUGUGUCCGUCCAAUAGUUUCAUUCUGUUCCCUAAGUGUAGGCUCUUCCUUAGGCCAAGGUUCCAGACCUGGAUUCACCACAGCAUGUGAAGACUGAAUGAAGCACCACUUAAGUGCUUUAUAGUUCUAUAAGGAAGGUAAACCAGUCAGCACUAUAUUCUUUUAUUCAUUUCAUCGAGCCAUCUAAAUGCCUCAUUAUCUGUUGAAGAGUUUUGCUUCAGUUCUUGGAUUGUUAUUGUAUGUUCAUUAUAAAAGCUCUGAAACUGUAUCUUUCAUAGAAAAUGAAAACCAUAUUAUAAUUAGCUGACAACAUAAUGUGGUGAGGCUUAAAUCCUGUGAUGCCAUCCUGACAGAGCUUUACUUUGGGAUGACUAACUGUAUAUUAUAUGGAUAUUACAUUAAGUGAAUUGUGUAGUCGGUGCAGGACACUGAUUACUGCAUGGACUUGUAUAAUAUGCUGAUGUGCCUGCAGAAACAGCACGCCAGUGUCAACAUGUCCUGAAACAAUGUUUAAGGUCUAGUUUGAUGUUCUUUAAACAUGUACUGAACUGCUUGCCUUUUAUAUGGAAUUAUUUAGUCAAAAUAUAUUUUUUUUAUUUGAUUGAAUCUGUAAAGGUUUUCGUUUGCAAUAAAACAAACAUAACUAAAUAAACUUGUUUUCCAAUUUUA